AUGACGACACGGAUCCCAACCAGGACAUAUUUCUGUGAUGUGGAACGGCCCGGAAGACCCAGAAAACCCGCUCGACUGGACGAGAAGGCAGAAGUGGGGGAUUACUAUGAUCACGUUUUUCGGUGGCUUGGUGACAUUGAUGAGCGGGGUAUACUGGUACCGUCCCUGGAGGAGAUAUACAUAGAGGCGAGCUCGGAAACGACCAACAAAUUGCUCUCGAUAUUUGUCCUGGCCUUUGCGUUUGGGCCUAUGGAUCUGACGCCGCUCUCGAGGUGUACGGACGCCGAGCUGUGUGGAUUAUUGCCUCGGCCUGGGUUUGAUGCUGGCGGGACGGAUUUUAUCGGGUCCUGGGACCAGCCUUCGGAAUGCGUCAAUCAAAUGGAAGCAUCUCUCGAUGUGUGCAGCAGUUGGUCGAUGGCCGGGGGACAUCGCGAGCGUUUCUCGCACGAGGGCCAUCAAGUGCUGGUCGGUGAGGGACCGCACUGUCGUGCCACUGAAGUUGAACCAGCGCAGGAUGGAGUUGAGAUUCGUCUGGACAGAGCUGUUCUUUUCGGGUUGGAGUCCCGUCACAUAGCUGAGAGGGUAGUUGUUGCACAACCCGAUUAUCUCGAGAAACACACAGCCAAGAGAGAAGAUAUCGGCAGAUCGACCGCUGGGCUCAUACACGGCUACCUCCGGGACAAAGUAUUUCAGAGUCCCUCGUUUGCCAUUCUAGGUAACUAUCUGGGAGGACUCAGGGAAGUCCGUUGA